AUCACGCAAACCAAACUAAGCUACUCACUGCUGCUAAAACAAAUGAAGCGCAUCCACGAAGUCCCAGCUUUUGCUCAUGGAGCUUCUGUGACCUGGACAGAGGAUACUGAAGUUUUGACCAGGCGUAUUCCACAUAUUCCAAGUACCAUGCUUUCACAUUCACAUACAGCAGCCACCCGAGCUCAUGGCAUUCAGUGGGUGACACAUGUCAGGUUAUUGCAAUUAUACAAGAGCCUCCUGAUGAAGCAGAGGAAAUUUCUUUACCAUUUCAAGAAUGUCCGCUGGGCUAAGGGUCGCCAUGAGACCUACUUGUGCUACGUGGUGAAGCGGCGGGAUAGUGCCACCUCCUUUUCACUGGACUUCGGUCACCUUCGAAACAAGUCGGGCUGCCACGUGGAGCUGCUCUUCCUCCGCUACAUCUCAGACUGGGACCUGGACCCCGGCCGGUGCUACCGCGUCACCUGGUUCACCUCCUGGAGCCCCUGCUACGACUGUGCCCGGCACGUGGCCGACUUUCUGAGAGGGUACCCCAACCUCAGCCUGAGGAUCUUCACCGCGCGCCUCUACUUCUGCGAGGACCGCAAGGCUGAGCCCGAGGGGCUGCGGCGGCUGCACCGCGCGGGGGUCCAGAUAGCCAUCAUGACCUUCAAAGAUUAUUUUUAUUGCUGGAAUACUUUUGUGGAAAAUCGUGAAAAAACUUUCAAAGCCUGGGAGGGGUUGCACGAAAAUUCCGUCCGACUAUCCAGACAGCUUCGACGCAUUCUGUUGCCCCUGUAUGAGGUUGAUGACUUACGAGAUGCAUUUCGUACUUUGGGACUUUGAUAUCAUCCUCCAAGAAAUGUCACUUAGGAUGAAUCAUCUCUGAAGACAGUGGGUAAAAAGACAAUCUUGCAAGCAUUCUGUUUUUCUUCAACUCUCAUUUCCUUAAGAGUUUAGAGAGAAAAUAUUCAUAUACAGGACUUUGUUAAAAACAAAACAAAACCAAACAAAACCCCCGUCUUUAAAGUACAGAAGGAACACAGGCCCACCUGGGUAAUGCUGCAACUGGCGCAGCUUUUAAUGCAAUAACGCCCCCUACUGGGAAAUGACAGAAUUGCAGGGAGCACCUAAAGUAUGUUUUAUGACUCUGGCAGGGAGGAAACAAAAGGUAAACCUGUAAAAGCAUGGUGAGAAGAUCAAAUGUUUAUAAUAUGUAUCCUUUAUUAUCUGAUUCAUACGGAAUUUUCAAUGAUAUUGGUGAUAGAUUUUUCUACUCUUUUCCUUUGGGGUUCACUUUCAAGUGAACAAACUCACACCAGUCCAUGAUCUAUAUAGAACUUCCUAAUGGAAGGAUCUGGGUGAUUGUAACCCCCAAACAUCUUCCCAGGGCAUUAAUAUCUAAUCAUGUACUGUAUGUUUUCAUUGUCUCAGGUAUGUCUUUAUGUUUGUACAUAGAACAGUUCUUUCUCUUGGUAUGAAAUAUGCAUGAUCGCCUUCAGGCUAUUUUAUAAUAAAGGAUCUUAAAGUGAAU